AACGUAGUUGAAGUGGAACUAAGCUGCUUCCAGUUUAGGGUUCCUCUUGUUCUUUUUGAUUCUGUCUGUUCUUUGGGUCGUCGGAGCUCGAAAGAUGGAACCAAACGGCGAUGACGUGGCAAGAAUCCGACGUGAAAUCGAAGCCUUAAAGGACACGAAAGCCAGCAUAGAACACAAGAUUGCUGUCCUCGAAGCUCAGCUCCAGCAGCAUCAAAGCGACGACGUUUGCAAUGGUUCUUGUCCUCCAAUCUCCGCCAUCGAUGCUAACCUGGCAAACGGAUUGUCGGCGGAUAGUGUUUACCGUUACAGCCGCCAUCUUUUGCUCCCUUCUUUUGGAGUCGAAGCGCAAUCAAAUCUCUUGAAGUCUUCAAUAUUGGUCGUUGGAGCUGGAGGGUUGGGCUCGCCGGCUCUGUUAUAUCUUGCAGCUUGUGGUGUUGGUCGCUUGGGUAUUGUCGAUCACGACGUGGUUGAGCUUAAUAAUAUGCAUAGGCAGGUUAUUCACACUGAAGCAUAUAUAGGUCAGCCAAAAGUGAAGUCUGCUGCUGCUGCUUGUUGCGCGAUCAACUCCACCAUACAGAUUGUUGAACACAAAGAAGCUUUGCGCACAUCUAACGCUUUGGAAAUUUUGAGCCAAUAUGACAUAAUAAUAGAUGCAACCGACAAUGCUCCUAGUCGUUACAUGAUCAGUGAUUGCUGUGUUGUGCUAGGAAAGCCUCUAGUAUCAGGUGCUGCACUAGGACUGGAAGGGCAGCUGACAGUUUACAAUUACAAAGGAGGUCCUUGCUAUCGAUGCCUAUUUCCAACUCCACCUCCUACAACUGCUUGUCAAAGAUGCUCAGAUAGUGGAGUCCUAGGAGUGGUUCCUGGAAUUAUUGGCUGUCUUCAAGCGCUAGAAGCCAUUAAAAUAGCAAGUGCUGUUGGUGAACCUCUUUCAGGGCGGAUGCUUCUAUUUGAUGCAUUGUCAGCUCGAAUUCGUAUUGUGAAAAUAAGGGGCAGGUCAUUGCAGUGUGAAGUUUGUGGAGAAAAUACAACAUUCAACCAACAGUAUUUCAAAGAUUUUGAUUAUGAGAAGUUCACUCAAUCUCCAUUGUCAACGUCUCCCCCAAAGCUGAACCUGCUUGCAGCAGACUCUAGAAUAACCAGUAAGGAGUACAAAGAGAGGAUCACCAAUGGAGAAGCACACGUUCUGGUCGAUGUGCGACCAGAACACCACUACAGGAUUGUUUCUAUCCCUAAUUCAUUAAACAUUCCACUUGCAAGCUUGGAGACUAGGUUGCCUGAAGUUUCAUCUGCACUGAAGGAAGAGCAAGAGCACAAUGGCACUGUAUCAGGUGCUAACCUGUAUGUGAUCUGCAGAAGAGGUAAUGAUUCACAAAGGGCUGUGCAAUGCCUCCACAAGAUGGGUUUCGAUUUAGCCAAGGAUAUUGUGGGGGGCUUGGAAUCGUGGGCACAUGAUGUGGAUCCCAACUUCCCUAUGUAUUAGUACCAAAGUUAUACCUGCGACAUGUUUGGUCCUUUGUUACCUAUCUCAUAAAUUUGAAUGCCAAUUUUGCCAGUUAUUAGAGUUUGGUUGUGUUAUUAUCUCUUAAAUGUUCAGUGACUGUACAUCACUUCAUUAAAUUCAAGUGAACCUUCUACAUGCAAAUUAAGACUCUUCAUUUCCUUUC